AUGGCCGCGAGCAAUGCAGAGCUGGAUUACGAGUUCCUACCAUAUCUUCGAGUUUACAAAAAUGGCCAUGUUGAGAGACUUUUAGGCACUGAUUCAAUUCCAGCAGGUACUGAUUAUCAAACUGGAGUUUCAUCCAAAGAUAUAUCAAAUAUUAUUCCUGAUUCUGAAGUCUAUGUUCGUAUCUAUGUCCCAAAUAUUUCCAUUCUUGGCAACCAAAAACUCCCUCUUGUUAUUUACUUCCAUGGUGGAGGUUUUUGUAUGUUCACUCCAUCUUCAUCCAACUACCAUAACUACCUCAACACCCUUGUGUCCGAAUCACGAAUCAUCGCUGUUUCUGUUCACUACAGAAGACCACCUGAACACCCUCUUCCUAUUGCAUAUGAAGAUUCAUGGCAAGCACUUCAAUGGGUUUUUUCUCAUUGUAAUGGCGAUGGUCAAGAGCCGUGGUUGAACGAACACGCGAAUUUCGGAUCGUGUUUUCCUCUCCGGUGA